AUAGCGAAGAUGGGCGCGAGCUUGGUGAUGUAGCUGGACCUGGUGGUGCAGCACAUACAGUUGGUAGCCGCAGCGUUCGCCAACUUGUCAGCAACGACGCGCGAGGACAUGGAGGUGGUGAUGAUCGCAGACUUGGUGAUGGCGGCCGCGGACUUAGUGGUGCGGCUGGCAUAGUCAGUGACGGCGACGCUCAUGCACUCGGCGGUGGUCACGGAAUCACCGGUGACUCGCAUGACGUAUGGGCUACUGUUACACUCGGGCGUGAUGAUACUGCACCCAGCCGGGUUGCUGCUGCCGCAUGCAGUUUGGGUUGCGAAGCUGCAUUCGCUCUUGGUAACGGCACUCAUGAGCAGCGCGAAGACUCUGAUUAG